AUGGAAGAAGAUGGACAGGACCUGUUGGAUGAUGUGUAUGAUGUGAUAGAAAUACCAAAAUUAGAAGUCACAAAACAGAACCUUGACUACCUGAACUCAGACCUUGAAAAGGAUCUGCAGAGUCUGGAUGAGGCAAAUCAGAUUCUUCUGAGAACAAUUCAAGAGAAAGAAGAAACUAUUCUAAGGCUGGAAAGAGAGCUCACCCUGUCACUAGGACUAGCCAAGGAGAAAGAGGAGCUGAACAACACCAUAUUUGAAAAAGAGGAAACCCUGAGGAAGGUGGAAUUAGAGACAGCAAAGCUGGAAAAAAAUAAUAAAAUUCUAAGCAAGAAUGUGUUGGAGCUUCAGAAGAAGAUUUCAAGGAGAUUUGAGAAUGUUGACCUUGAUAAAGAAACCCUAAGGCAGAUGUUGACAGAAUCGAAGGUGAGACUACAAAGGGCAACAGAGUCCUGUGCAAAGCAAGAGAAGGAACUGAUCAAGUUAGAAAGUGACUACGAAUCUGUGUAUCAGCUCUGUGAGGACCAGGCCCACUUCAUAAAGAAAUACCAGGAAACGCUGAGAAAGAUGGAAAAGGAAAAGGAGAUGAUGCUUCUUGAAAAAGAAGUAUCCAAAGCCCAGAAUGACUCCUCCCAAAUAGUGAAACCUGGGACAAUUUUGGUGGAGACCAUCCAAAGCAACAUGUUCUAUCUGAAGAAAACUGGAGACCAUUACAAUUCACUGCUGCCGUUUUUAAGUUUUAGGCAUUUCCGGUGUCUUUUGUUCAUGAUCGUGAUCUUCAUUAGGCUCCUGGCUUAUGUGCUUUUCCAUAUACAGUGCAUAAACCCAGACCUUCUUGUGGACACCUUGCCUGUGGUAAUGAGCAGGGGUACCGUGAAGAGGCUGAGGGACUUCCUUUUCCCCUUUCUCACACUGGAGGUGGAGGAAGUUCUGCCACACUAG